CAAGCGUUCGAGCUUUACAUUUCGUUCGCUUCUCGCAUCGAGUGAGCACGUUCGCGGUGAAACGGUCUGUCAAAACCUUUGAAUUUAUAGUGUGUUUAUUUAAACAAUCCGUCCGCCAAAAAUGCGCAAUUUAAUAAACGGUCUCUAUUCGGACCAAUAAAAUUAAGUGCUUCUGCAUGAUCGCAACCGUAGUUCCUAUUUAAAAUAGAGUGUGUUAAAGAGUGCAGCAAAAAUUGUUCUUGGAUUAGCACACUGCGUCGAGAUAUCAUGAAAAUCAUUCGUCGCUGCUUUCGGUUAAUCGCGUUAAGUAAUAAUUUCGUUUUCGUAUCAUAAUCCGAGCCUUUGGUCUUUCAAGGCCAACUUCGGUACUAAUUAUUCAUGAUGGCGACAACAGCUCGUAGGCGCGAUCCAGACGACGAUAUUGCAGCCAUAGCUAAGCAGAUUUCGGAUCAAGCCGAGGCAAUUUAUCAAAAUUGGAAAGCUCGUGGAUUAGCACCUGCAGAAAUACUUAAUUGUCAUGCUGCAGGAGAUACUUCCAGACUAGAUUCAAUGUUGAAGCCGCAGCCGGUGGCGAAGUCGUCCAUCGAGCUGUUAGCCCAGUCGCCGACGAUGGACAACAAUAGGCUGGAGAAACUGGUGAAGAACUUCGUGGUCGAAGAUAAAGCUCGACUAGCGGCCCGUAACAAAAAUAUGGCCUCCAGCAUACAAUACGCGCUGCAGAAGUUUGAAAAGAAUGCCACGGCGCAUUCCGAUCACGAUAAUUACGUUGGGGUACGAAAGGUGCCCCUUCGAACAAAUAAUUACACUCCUGUUUCCACGUCGGUUUCGACCUCCGUCACUACCACCAUGAAUAAUAGCGCCACCGUACCUGUUGUACAGACUCAAAUUACCAAACCAGCAAUAAGCCAAAAACCCCAGUUAUCCCCAAAGCCCCGUCUUCCGGAAACGGUAGAGGUCACGUUUCCAGACAGCAAUCUGCAAGCGUGGCCUCUCAAAAACAAAUUCAACUCAAACGCUGCCAGCGAAAAUUCCAAAAGACUAUCACCAUCAUCACUAGACGUCAAACCGACAACGCCGACGGUUACGUUAAUAUCAAACACCCAGUACAACAGCCUGCCAACCAAAACGGCCAUCAUCUCCAACAGCAUAUCGCCACCAACGACAAAAUCUUUGGUGGACGAAGUUGCGCUGGAAGAGAAGAAACUCAUCAAUGCGUUGAAGAACGGUGUUGUGAUUAUUUUGAUUUUGUUCUGGAUACAGCUCCCUCCAAAGCAACAAGUCGCUCAACACACCACCCUUCAGAGGCACGUCAGAGCCCAUCGUAAUGUCCAUAUCCCUAAAUUUCACUUUCCCGCGGGUAAACCAAGUCCUCCCGGUCAUCUUGAAGCGGUUCGUGCUCGGGUUUCGGUAGCGUUUGCUAACAUAGGAGAACGGGCUUCCAGAGAACAUUUCGAACAAAUAGUCAAAGCUUGUCAAUUACCGCUGUAUUGGAAGACUCCCCUUUACCUUGCCGCAUGUGCCGACAAAGGGUCCUGUACAUUGGAACAAUUCAUGCAAUUCUGGACAGGAAUGGCAACCGCUUGUCAUGAUGCUGCAUCUCGAUUCGUGUAUAUGCUGACUAGAGGCCGUCGCAACUGGUUGGGCCCCGAAGACUUCAUACCUCUCGUUCAAGAUGUGGUUGAAACACAUCCUGGUCUUACGUUCCUAAAAGAAGCCACCGAAUUUCAUUCGCGUUAUGUUCACACGGUUAUCGCGAGGAUAUUCUACUGCGUAAACAGAUCUUGGUCAGGCAGAAUUUCGAUAUCAGAACUCAGAAGAUCCAAUCUUCUCAACAUCAUCCAGCUUUUGGAAGAGGAGGAAGACAUAAAUCAAAUAACCGCGUACUUCAGCUACGAGCACUUCUACGUUAUAUACUGCAAAUUUUGGGAACUGGAUAGAGAUCACGAUCUUUACAUCGAUAAACACGAUCUGGCCAGACAUAGUGAUCAUGCACUUUCGUUCCGUAUAAUCGACAGGAUCUUUAGCGGUUGUGUGACCCGAGGUCAACGUAGAAACAAACACGACGAGAAGAUGUCGUAUACGGAGUUUGUGUGGUUCCUUUUGAGCGAAGAAGACAAAAAUCAUCCCACCGCAAUCGAAUAUUGGUUCAGAUGUAUGGACAUUGAUGGUGAUGGUUAUCUGUCCAUGUACGAGCUCGAGUACUUCUAUGAAGAACAAAUGCAUCGUAUGGACGCUAUCGGAAUUGAAACUCUUCCAUUUCAAGACUGCUUAUGUCAAAUGCUAGAUAUGGUGAAACCAAAAGUGCCGGGAAAAAUAGCCCUAAGUGAUCUGAAAAAGUGCAAAAUGACUUCGAUAUUCUUCGACACAUUCUUUAAUUUAGAAAAGUAUUUGGAUCAUGAACAAAGAGACCCAUUCGCAUCACAACGGGAACACGAUUACGAUGGCCAGGAGAUGUCCGAUUGGGAUCGAUAUGCCGCUGAAGAAUACGAAUUAUUGGUUGCCGAAGAAGGAAAUGAUCAACCCGAUAGUCUCUCAUAUGAGGACGGUAACGACGAAGACUUCCUCUCGAGCAACUUGGACGGUGUCUUGGAAGUCUCUGACAUGCCAAUCAGUGGUUUGUCUGAUGAAAGUGAUGAGUGUAGUAUAUAGCAGAUAACAGACUGCGAAUGUUGCCAUAUAGUUGAAACAUAGAACACAAACAAAUUUUGAUUUCUAGUCCCUCAUACAGCAUACAAAAAUAAUUUCGUUUUUUAUCUGUAACUUAUUAUAUGUGUAUAGUUUGUUAACAUCGUUUGAUAUCUAUCUACUCCUUUUUUUACUCGUUUUUAAAUAUGGUCAAAUGACGGUUGUUUUUUCGGUUAUUAACGUUUUAUUUUUUUUUUUUUAACAUUUUGUCAGGACUUUAGUACCUACCUAGGUAGGGACUCGAACGUUGUGUAUGUACAGUGAUUACAUAUGAUUAUCAAUUAAUAUUAUGGCAGAACAAAAAUAAUAAUAACCCAGUUGAGUGCAUAUUUUUACACGGUAGUAGAUUAGAAAAAAAAUGAUGAUGAAAUGCACAAUGGAAUCGAAUAAUAAAAUAAUAAUAAUAUUAAUGUAUUACGUAUAUUGUAAGGUUUUUUUUUCGACAUAAUUUUUAACGUUUUUCUGUUUUCGUAUUUGGCUAUUAUGACUAAGUAGUUAUAAAAUAUUAUUGUUACUGUAUCAUCUCAUGUCUAGAUGCUUCUUUAGCAUCUAUUGUCUCACAAAUAAAUACCACGGUUACGUAAAGAAAAUAAAAUUAAAUAAAUAACGUUCAUUUGAAAGUAUUUAGUAGUAUUUAAGGUGUGUGAGCGUGUCUGUUGUAUUAUUACUAUUACAAUUACUAUUAUUAGAAGAUUGUUUGUAUUUUUUAAGCAUUUUUAAAAAUUAUUAUCAUUUGACGUUUGUAGUACGUAUUGGUGCAACUAUUGUUACAGUAAAUGAUAUAGUUUAUUAACAAUUAUUUUACUUAUAACGUUUUACUAGUCAUUUUUAUCGAGAUCUAUUUAUAUCGAUUCU